AUGCCGCAACCUGCUUUCGACAUCAGUACAGCCUACAAAGCUCAAACCAGACUGACUGGGUCUCCCAUGUUACCAAAAGAGAUUGCCAGCUCAUUGAGCACACAAUGGCCAUGCCGCGACGUCCAGAUGCGGCAGCUAGCCAGUCUUCUUAGUCCUCAUGUUCCUACACCAUCAACACUGGUUGUUCACGGUAUCUCCGCAACCUGCAAAUCAACCAUCCUCCGCGCCGUUCUCGCUACCCUCGCAGUGCCGCAUGCCAUUGUUCGUAGCUCGGAAUGCAUUACAGGGCGGCAUCUCUUGACAAAAAUUGUCUGGAACACGCUGGAAGCAUUGGGGCAGAAGGAGGAGUGGGAGAAGGCUGGCAAGGGAAGAUGCGAGCACGUCAGUGGACUGGCAGUUCUCCUCGAGGAGUGCCUGGCAGCUAGAUCCGUUGGAAACACAAGCAAAUUUGUGUUGGUGCUGGAUGAGAUUGACCGACAGAGAGAAGCUCCGCACACACUGCUGUCAGCACUGGCACGGCUAGGCGAGAUCAUUCCCUCCCUCUGUGUUAUUUUGGUCCUCAGCUCAACUCCACGGCCAUUAUUCCUUCAAAGUGCGGCGGUUCCGCACAUCAGUUUCCCUCCGUAUACCCGCAAGGAGGCCAUUCACAUCAUUCUCAGUUCUGAUGCGCCAGUCGUGGAUGGUCUGCCCCAUGAAACCUCUUCGCGCGUUUACCCAUACUUUGUAUCGACAGUUUAUGACUCGUUGGUUGGUCCGACAGCCGGAUCCAUCCCGGACUUUCGAUCUAUAUGCGAGAGAUUGUGGCCUCUGUUUGUAGCGCCAGUAGUGAAUGGCGAGGCGCCGCCAGGCGGGAACGCCGAGUGGGAUUUCUCACGAUUGCUGGUAAAGAACAGAGCAGUCUUCCGACGCCAGGGUGAGUCUGCACUUGUGCACCGCAUCGUUCCCAAUGAGGCCGCUACGAUCGUGAAACGCACACCAUUGGCAACAAGCGCCAUGCCUUCAGCUCUCCCUUCUCUGCCAUAUUUCUCGACCUUGAUCCUCACAUCUGCCUACUUGGCGUCGCACACGCCUCAACGACUCGAUACAAUCUUCUUCUCCAAAUUCUCUUCAUCGUCUCUCUCAGCCCGGAACAAGCGUGCCCAUCACCGCCGGCGUUUGAAAGUGCUCUCCCAAGCCCAAGCCGAAGAAAGACUAGCCGCGAACGAUGAUCCCUCAACCCCUAAGAAGGGAAAGCGAACGAAGACUCGCAUCACAAAGUCAACGCUCUCCUCCGCCUUCGCGACCUCCUCGGCCACCACAUCCGCCAUCGGAGGCGGCGCAGGCAUCGCCGGCCCAUCCACCAUUCUCACGGCCCGUCCUUUCCCUCUCGAACGUCUCUUGGCUAUCUACCACGCUAUCGACCCAAAUCCCUCGGCAACCCCACUCCGAGUCGCAGCCGUUGCAGAUCGUAUCUACGCUGAACUGGCAACGCUACGACGCCUGCGUCUGGUCGUUCCUGCUGCCAGUCAUAAUGGCUUGGCGACUAGCAGUGGGAAUACCAGUGCCGACGCUGGAGAUAAAUGGUGUGUCAAUGUCUCCGGUGACUGGGUCGGCGAGUUGGCUAAGGGCAUUGGUGUCGAGGUUGGCGAGUGGUUGGCUGGUGGAUUGGACUGA